GAGCACAAAACGAACCGAUACACUAAGUAAACUGUACAAUUCACUCAAGAUAUAUUUCAAAUGGCAAGCAAUCAUCACCGACAACAGUCUGUUCUCAUCACUGGAGCAAAUCAGGGAAUAGGUUAUCAUACUGCACUGCAACUUUGUGCCAAAGGGUACAGCGUUACCAUUGCCUGUCGUAACAGUGAUAAGGCGAAAAAUGCCUGUGCAUCCAUCAUUAAACAAUUGGGCGAUAGCGUAUCCAUUGAUUUCAUUAUCAUUGAUUUGAGUGCACUGUCAUCAGUUUCAAAGAGUGUUAGUGUGAUUGCUGCCGAGAAGAGAUGCUAUGAUAUAAUCAUUUUAAAUGCUGGUGUGUUACUACCAAAAAUACGCAAAACAAAGGAUGGAUUUGAUACCACAUUCCAGGUGAACUACUUGUCACAGUUCUACCUGCUGAACGAAUUGUUGGGUGUUGCAACGCCGAAAGAAGGAGUUAAAAUUAUUGCACUUACGUCCAUUUUGUACAAGUAA